CGAAAAAGUUGAGCUUUCAGAGGGGGGCGUGCUCGGUGUUCGAGUUAUGAGGCAGGUGAAUGAAAAAAGCUCGCGCGUUUCUGGCGGGAAAGCGCGGGCCCUGAGAGACUUUUUGUCUCUGGGCGGCGACGUCGGUCCGCAGGAGGUGUUUGUUGGCGAGGGAAACGGGGAGGGGCUGCCGCCUUCUCUCCCUGGGGGCUCCUUCCACCAGCAGGAGCGUGGCGGGGGUGGCCGGCGGUGGGCGGAGCUGCCCUGCCCUCUCACGACUUCUCGUGGAUCGCGCAGCUCGUUUCACUCGCCUGCCGCGGCCGAGCUGCACCUUGCGCCCUCGCCUUGACCCUCCUCCCCUCUCUCUUUCUUCUGCUUGGUACAGUCGCCAGCGCGGUCCCCUCUCCGCUGGGAACUAUGGGCGCGAGAGGACGCUGCGAGAGCUGCCUGGCUGCGAGGCGCCUGCUGCUGCUGCUGCUGCUGCUGCUCAGCUCAGGCAUCUUUGAAAACCACUGUGAAGCAUACAACGUUGGGCUCCAAGGAGCAAGAGUAUUUUCUGGCCCCUCGAGUGAACAAUUCGGAUAUACAGUCCAACAGCUUUUAAAUCAAGAAGGCAAAUGGUUGCUUGUUGGUUCACCCUGGAGUGGAUAUCCAGGAAACAGAAUGGGCGAUGUGUAUAAGUGUGAAGUUAAUCAACCGGGAACCCAAUGUUCAAAGAUGAACUUGCAGACUUUCGCAAGUGUCCCAAAUGCUACUGAGAUAAAGAAGUAUAUGAAUCUAGGAUUAACCCUAGUAAGAAACUCAAUAACCGGAGGAUUUUUGACUUGCGGCCCUUUGUGGGCACAACAGUGUGGGAGCCAGUACUAUGCAACAGGGAUCUGCUCUGAGUUCGGCCCAAGUUUCCAGAUCAUGAGAAGUUUCUCCCCUGCUGUGCAAAAAUGUUCUUCUGCCAUAGAUGUGGUGGUGGUAUGUGAUGAGUCAAACAGCAUUCAUCCCUGGCAUGCUGUAUCGGAUUUCUUGAAAAAGUUUGUUCAAGGUUUAGAUAUAGGUCCCACAAAAACUCAGGUAGGCUUGAUUCAGUAUGGUGUCUACCCAAGAGUAGUGUUCAACCUGAGUACUUACCAAGAUAAAGGAGAUGUUGUACAAGCAAUGUCAAAAACCUUUCAGAACGGAGGGGUCCAAACUAAUACAUUCAGCGCAAUUGAAUAUGCCAGACGUAACGCUUUCUCAAAAGAAGCUGGUGGGCGGCCAACAGCCUCUAAAGUCAUGGUUGUUGUGACAGAUGGUGAAUCACAUGAUGGCUCGAGUAUGCAAGAAGUGAUAACUAAAUGUAAUGAGGACAACAUCACUAGGUUUGGCAUAGCAGUAUUAGGAUACUUAAUUAGACAAGACAUGGAUACUAGAAAUUUAAUCAAAGAAAUCAAAGGAAUUGCCAGUGUUCCCACAUCAAAAUAUUUCUUUAAUGUGUCAUCUGAGGCGGCACUUUUAGAAGAAGCAGGAACGUUGGGAGAGCGAAUUUUCAGCAUAGAAGGUACUGAUCAAGGUGAUUUAUUCCAGAUGGAAAUGUCACAAGUGGGAUUCAGUGCUUCAUACCUGCAGCAAAAGGAAGUUCUGAUGCUGGGUGCUGUGGGGGCCUAUGAGUGGACUGGAACGGUGGUGCAGGAGACAGCAAAACAAGCUGCUAUAUUUCCCAAGGAAGCAUUUGAAAAAGUUUUGCAAGACAGAAAUCAUACCUCCUAUUUAGGUUAUUCUGUUGCUGUUCUUUCAGCGGAAGACACUGACUAUUUUGUUGCUGGUGCUCCACGGUCCAGCUACGCAGGCAGAGUGGUGGUUUAUGAGAUUGAUGUCCACGGCAAUGUAUCUAUUGUUCAUUCUCAAAGAGGAGAGCAGAUUGGUUCCUACUUUGGUAGUGUACUAUGUUCCGUGGACGUUAAUGGCGAUUCAGUAACAGAUGUGCUCUUGGUUGGCGCACCAAUGUUCAUGAAUGAGUUAAAAAAAGAAGAAGGGAGAGUCUAUAUGUUUUCAGUCAGAAAGGGCAUUUUGGGCAAACAAGAACUUCUAGAAGGGCCUCAAGGGACUGAAAACGCUCGGUAUGGAUCUGCUAUCGCUGUUGCCUCAGAUAUUGAUUUGGAUGGUUUCAAUGAUGUGAUAGUUGGAGCGCUACUAGAAAACCAGAAUGCUGGUGCUAUCUACAUUUACAAUGGUAAACAGAGGACAAUACACACAAAAUAUUCCCAGAAAAUUUUGGGAUCAGACCCUGUGUUUGGACAGCAGCUCCAGUAUUUUGGAAGAUCAAUAGAUGGCCAUAGUGAUUUAAAUGGUGAUGGGAUCACUGAUGUAUCUGUGGGCUCUGAUGGAAACGUGAUUCAACUCUGGUCUCAGAGUAUUGCUGCUGUGUCCAUCCAUGUAUCAGCUACACCGAAGAAGAUAAGCUUGCUAAACAGGAAUACAGAGGUAGUUCUCCACAUAUGUUUCAGUGCAACCUUUAGACCUGCUCACAGGACAAAUCAAGUGGAUAUCAGAUACAACCUGACAUUGGAUGCUGAUCUCUUGUCUUCUCGAGUGACUUCCCGAGGAUUGUUUAAAGAAAAUAAGGAGAGGUAUCUACAGAAUAGUAUCCUAAUCCACUCCAGGGAGAACUGCAAGGAGCAUGUUUUUAAUGUUCAGGAGCCUUCUGAUGCUGUCAACUCUCUUAGUGUGCGUGUUGAUAUUGGCCUCAAUAAUCCUGGUUCAAGUCCUGCUCUUGACAAAACUUCCCCUGCAUCUGUUACUUACAGUAUACCAUUUGUAAAAGAUUGCGGUGAGGAUGAAGUCUGCAAUACGGACCUUGUGCUUGAUGUUCAACAGAAAGGAAAUAAUGGCAAACAACACUUUGUUAUCAGCAGUAAGAACAAAAGAUUGAUAUUCAGCGUGAAACUGAGAAACCAGAAGGAAAAUGCAUACAACACCAGAAUUCAAAUUGCUUUUUCCGAAAACUUGUUUUUUGCUUCAUCUUCUUCACCCGUAGACGGAACUGAAGUUUCAUGUCAGAUGACCACUAUCCAACAGCUUGUCAUCUGCCAAAUCAGCUACCCUGUGUUUAAAACAGGACAACAGGUAACUUUUGAUGUUCAUUUUGACUUUAAUUUGAAAAAUCUUCAGAAUCUGGCAGUUCUGCGUUUUCAAGCUCUGAGUGCAAGCAAUGAAGAGGAUGAUAGCAACAAUCAGGUCAACCUAACUGUUCCACUUCGCUAUGAUGCAGAAGUUCACUUAACAAGGUUUACCCAAAUGAACUUUUAUGAGGUUUAUUCGGAUAACCACAUACCUUCAACGGUGAACACUUUCAAUGAGAUUGGACCCGCGUUCAAUUUUUCUGUUAAGGUCACAACAGGAAGUAUUCCAGUAAGCAUGGCAUAUUUAAAGAUCCGUAUUCCAGAGCACACCGAAGGGAACAGUCCAUUGAUGUAUGUGACAGCUCUGCACACCAGUCAGGGUACUGAUAUUAGCUGCGAUGCACGGAUCAAUCCAUAUAAAAUAGGACAACAAAGCUAUACUGUGUCAUUUAGGAAGGAGAACUUCAAAGCUAUGAAAGAACUGAACUGCAAGAAUGUCCGAUGUGAUACAAUUACUUGCACACUAAAAGACAUCACACUGAAAGCAGAGUAUUAUGUUAAUGUUUCUACCAGAAUCUGGAAUGGGACGUUUGCAGCCUCAGCGUUCCAGACAGUAGAGUUAUCGGCAAGUGCAGAAGUGGAUACAAACGAUCCAGAUCUAUUUGUGAUUGGAGAAAAUGCUUUAUCAAUUCCGCUCACAAUAACAAAGCCCGAUGAGAAAGCAGACGUGCCGAUUGGAGUUGUGAUAGCAAGUGUCCUGGUCGGUCUCCUCUUGCUGCUAGCUCUAGUUGCUGCCUUAUGGAAACUCGGUUUCUUCAAGCGAAAAUAUGAGAAGAUGGCAAAGGAUGUGGAAGAUGCGGAUGAAAUUGCAGAACUUACUAAGGACAGAGAAUGAAUAUAGCAGGAAUAGCACUGUGUACACCAACCUUCUGAUCCUCAAACAUUGCUUGCAAUCACACUGGUUCAGCAACUUGGGAGUGCCUUACGGAUUUUAUUUUAAUUUCUUAUUUUUUUUAAUGAAAAUGUCAUUUUUUUAUAGUUGGGGAAAAAAAUUUACAGGUACUAUUUUAUUUUAGCAAUAACUGCUGGUCAGUUUGGGGUUUUGUUUACAAGGGUUUAAAAUAUUUUUAUUUUUCUUGUUUGUAUUUUUUGUAUUUUAUUAAUAGCUGUUCUGAAUCAGCAGGACCAGAAGCAGUAAACACUGAAUUGUGCCAGAGAUACUAUGGUUUAUAUAUUUAUAUAUACAUAUAUAUACCAUUGAUUGACUGUCAGGCUAGUCUUUGUUAAAACAUUAACCAUAGCUGUCAACGUUUCCCUUUUUUUAAGGGAAAUUCCCUUAUUCCGAAUAGAAUUCCUCGCAAGAAAAGUUGACAGCUAUGCAUUAACACAGCUGCAGUCUAGAGCUGCUGGAUGUGUACAAAAGGCCUACAGCAGCGUACUCUCCAACCUAUUCACACCUAACACUAAGCCAAACUUAAUAUGAAUAAGCAAGAAUAGUGUCAUACUCAGAUCCUGCUGAUGGAAUUCUUGUAAGCCUCUGAUUGGCCGCUAUGAGAACAAGAUGCUGGACGAGAUGGGCCACUGGAGUUAUCAUGCAAGGCUCUCUUUAUGAAGGCUGUGGCUGGAAGCUCUGAGGCAGCAGGAAGUAUCCACUCCUUCUGCUGCGGCUAUUGUCUCUUGCAUUUGUGGGUGACCAUUUUUAUUAUCACCCACAAAUGCAAGAGAGACCAUUUUUAUUAUCUAGACAGCAUCUUAAAAAGCAGAGACAUCACCUUGCCAACAAAGGUCCGUGUAGUUAAAGCUAUGGUUUUCCCAGUAGUGAUGUAUGGAAGUGAGAGCUGGACCAUAAAGAAGGCUGAUCGCCGAAGAAUUGAUGCUUUUGAAUUAUGGUGCUGGAGGAGACUCUUGAGAGUCCCAUGGACUGCAAGAAGAUCAAACGCAUCCAUUCUUAAGGAAAUCAGCCCUGAGUGCUCACUGGAAGGACAGAUCGUGAAGCUGAGGCUCCAG